UCAAAAUGUAUUCAAGAGAGAAACAAGAAAUGAAGAAAUCCCAUCGCAACACUCCUUCAUUCUCCUCCUCUCUCCUCGACGAAAUCUGCCGCUCCAUCGACGACAAGCCACAGCCCCAAACGGCGUCGUUUUCUAGAGUCGAGAAAUGGAUCGAAAACGACAGAACGCUAUUCCGCCGCCGCCCACGCUGCGACAACACCGUCUUCCCCGACACCGACCCCUCCAUCUUCACCGCCGCCAACUGCCCUAGACCGAUCCGCACCGGCGAUCGCGAUCGCGAUCUCUUCCACGAGGAGAGGAACAUAGCAUCCUCGACAGAGAAUCUGGUCAAAUCCAAAUCCAGGGCGAUGAGAAUCUACGCGAAUUUGAAGAAGAUGAAGCAGCCUAUCUCUCCCGGAGCGCGCCUCACCACCUUCCUCACCUCCAUCUUCAAUCGGAACAAGUCCAAAAGAGGCGAUCGGAGCCAUCCGCCACCGCCGCCGCUGGAAUCACCGGUGAACACGAGGUGUUCGACGAAAUCGCCGGCUGGGAUUCGAAUAAAUAAAAAUGACCUUACACGUGCGAGCGUUAAUUAUGUGGACGCUUUGCCACGUGCGAGCGACCGGAGGCCCCCGUUGCCGCCAAAUGCAUUUCAAAAUGGAGCUCCUACAAAGUAUACGCGUUACGAGAGAGACGAAGAGGAGAGUGACGGUGAUGGCAUUAGUGAGUCGAGCUCGGAUUUGUUCGAGCUCGACCACUCGUCUUUGUUUGGAAUUAGGGAUAGGCUUUGUGAAGAGCUACCGGUGUAUGAAACUACUACUUUUUUCCAUCAAAAUCGCAGAUUAUUUCGAUAAUGCAAUUCGAUUUUAUGUCUAUUUAACCAUAUUUUGUUUGCUUUUUCUUGCGUUGGAUUUAUGUCUAUAUGAAUAUAUUGCGAAAUUAAUGUACUAGCUUUUAUA